GAUAAAGUUCUUCGUCACGCAUUCUCCUUUCUUUCGCUGUGCGCUCACGACGAUCUCCCACUCGAAGCUGUUUCAAAGUUCGUCAAAGCGCAAACAAAAGACCAGCCGGAGGAGUUGAUCAAGGCAAAGAUUGUUAGGUCUUCUUUAGUUCUUGUUCAUUCCGAGAAAGGAGAUGAACGUAGAUAUAUUCGCUUGCAUAAAAUUGUUUAUGAAGCUUUGAUUCGAGGCGAAUUCCUCAAGCUAACAUCAGAGGAGAUUAAUUGCGACUUGGCCGAAGCAGGAAAGAUUUUCAAAUCCCUGUUUGCAGAAAAUAAUGAGGAUUAUGCGAUUUUUAGGACCUUGAGGCCCCACUGUGAAUCUUUACUAAAGCACAUGACACCAAAUUGCAGUUCUGAUCAGCUGAGAACUUUUUUGAGAACGUCGACGCCUUUUGUAGAUUUGAAUAUGGUUGCCGAUUGGUUGAGGUCUCUUGCUUCAAUCUGUUGCCAUUUUUGUGAUUUGUUGUUUGCUAAAACUGUGGUCGAUUUAGGAUGCGACUUGCUAGAGGACAUAGAAGAUACUGACCCAGGUGCCUUUUUAAAAGGGGAUAUUUUAAGUACCAGUGGCCAAGUGUACGAUAGGAUUGGAAAAUAUCGUCAAGCGGAAGGAUUUCACAAAAAGGCGCUAAUGAUUCGGAAAAAGAUUUUCGGUGAAGAUCAUAGCGAUGUAGCAUCAAGUUAUAACAACUUGGCAACAGUGUACAGCAGCCUGGGAGAAUACGAUCAAGCCAAAGAACUUAACGAAAAAGCACUAAUGAUCAGAAAGAAGAUUUUCGGUGAAGAUCAUGCCGAUAUAGCAUCAAGUUAUAACAACUUGGCAUCAGUGUACAGCAGCCUGGGAAAAUACAAUCAAGCCAAAGAACUUAACGAAAAAGCACUGGUGAUUUGGAAGAAGAUUAACGGUGAAGAUCAUGUCGAUGUAGCAACUAGUUAUCACAACUUGGCAUCAGUGUACAACAGCCUGGGAGAAUACAAUCAAGCCAAAGAACUUUACGAAAAAGCACUAAUGAUUAGAAAGAAAAUUUUCGAUGAAGAUCAUGUCUAUAUAGCAUCAAGUUAUAACAACUUGGCAACAGUGUACAACAGCCUGGGAAAAUACAAUCAAGCCAAAGAACUUUUCGAAAAAGCACUGGUAAUUUGUAAGAAGAUUAACGGUGAAGAUCAUGUCGAUGUAGCAACUAGUUAUCACAACUUGGCAUCAGUGUACAACAGCCUGGGAAAAUACAAUCAAGCCAAAGAACUUAACGAAAAAGCACUAAUGAUUAGAAAGAAAAUUUUCGAUGAAGAUCAUGUCGAUAUAGCAUCAAGUUAUAACAACUUGGCAACAGUGUACUUCGACUUGCAAGAAUACAAUAAAGCCAAAGAACUUUUCGAAAAAGCACUAAUGAUUACAAAGAAAAUUUUCGGUGAAGAUCAUGCCGAUAUAGCGUCAAGUUAUAACAACGUGGCAUUAGUGUAUGGCAGCCUGGGAGAAUACAAUCAAGCCAAAGAACUUUACCAAAAAGCGCUGGUGAUUACCAAAAAGAUUUUCGGUGAAAAUCAUGCCAAUAUAGCAGUAAGUUACAACAACUUGGCAUUAGUGUAUGGCAGCCUGGGAGAAUACAAUCAAGCCAAAGAACUUUACAAAAAAGCCGUGGUGAUUAACAAAAAGAUUUUCGGUGAAAAUCAUGCCAAUAUAGCAUUAAGUUAUGGCAACUUGGCAACACUGUACUGCGAUAUGAAAGAAUACAAUAAAGCCAAAGAACUUCAUGAAAAAGCGCUGGUGAUUAACAAAAAGAUUUUCGGUGAAGAUCAUACCCGUACAGCAUCAAGUUAUUUCAGACUAGCAACAGUUUACCGCAUUCUAGGAGAAUACAAUCAAGCCAAAGAACUUAACGAAAAAGCACUAAUGAUUAGAAAGAAGAUUUUCGGUGAGGAUCAUGCCGACUGA